CUAGACCACAGACCAUGCAUGCAUAUUCUCAAAUCUCUCAGUUUCACUCAUCAAAUACCUCGUUUCGUCAUCAUCGCUCCCGGUGAACAUAAAAACCCCAGUUUGCAUAUACAUUACCAACUACCAUUAAAACUUGAAUCACAAACAAAGUUUAAGCAUUAUGGCUCGAUACUCUUCAUCUUUAGCUAUUGUUCUUGGUUUGUUCAUUGUAACUACUUUCACUAUUAAUACAGCCCAAAGCCGAAUAGCCAGGAAAGACCUGGGUUUGGAUUUGGGAGGUGGUUUAGGACUUGGAAUUGGAAUAGGUGCUGGUAUAGGAUUAGGUGGAGGUGGUUCUGGUUCCGGCUCUGGUUCUGGAUCCGGGUCUGGAUCUGGUUCUGGUGCAGGAUCAGGAGCGGGAUCCUCCGCUGGCUCCGGAGCUGGUUCUGGUGCCGGAUCAGGAGCAGGUUCGUAUGCGGGUUCUAGUGCUGGUUCAGGCUCAGGUGGUGGUGGAGGUGGUGGUGGUGGUGGAGGAUCUGGCGAUGGAUCGGGGUCCCGUGGUGGGCGUGGUUCAGGCUCAGGAUACGGUGGAGGUUAUGGAGAGGGAUACGGAUCAGGUCGAGGAGGAGGAGGAGGUGGUGGUGGAGGUGGUGGUGGAGGAGGGGAAGGUGAGGGAUCGGGAUAUGGAGAAGGUUAUGGGGGAGGUUCAGGAUAUGGUGGUGGUCAUGGCAAGUGAAUUGACACCAUAUAGAAAUGCAUUAUGAGUUUAGUUUCUAAUAUCUGAAUAAAUCAUUAAAUAAUAUGAUGAUUAAUUUAUAUGUACCUAUAAAUGAAAAAUAUCACCGUUGAGAUGUUUGGAUGCAGCUUGUAAUAGUUAAUGCAUAUAGCAUGGUUAAAGUUAAUGUAAUGUGUUUCGCUUUAACUUUGAAGUUCAUUUUGUAAGAGUUUGGUUUGUAAUACUUGAUUUCAUAUUAGAAAAUUAAUGAAUAUUUAAAUUUUAUUGGAUUAUA